CAAUCUAUUCGGGAGACAGUCGCUGGCCAAACGCGACGCAACUGCGAGUGCAGCGGACAGUCGGUCGGUCCAACUAUAUAAAAAUAAACCGAAAGCAAGAAGAAGCCGUCAGCGCAGGCUGUGCCAAAAUAAUUUCAAAAUUAGAGUACAUAUAGUUCUGUGCGGUUGUUUGCGUUGUAAAAUCAUAAUACGCCGAUUUGAAAGAAUAAUAAUAACAAUAUCCCAACAUGAGCUCACUGAGCAUGGGGCGAAAGGGCAGCGGCCAGCUGGAGGUUAUGCAAAAGGCUGGCUGGAAGAUCGAUGGCGAUGAGAAGGCCUGUUACAUAGAUGUCGAUGAGGAUGACGACCAGGACACCGAAGGAAUGAUUGAGUCGAAGUGGAGCUUACUACCUGACCUCAUACUAGAGCAAGUCUUUACCUACCUCAGCCCCAAAGAGCGCUACUAUGCGGGACUGGUUUGCCGCCAGUGGUAUAGAGCUUUCUAUUUGCCAAGUGUUUGGAACAACUUUUUGGUGGACGAUCGCACACUGACCAAGCCUAAGUUUAACUACUACUCCGGCUGGCAAUUCUGCCUCGAUCAUAUGCGAACCCAGUACUGCCUGUCGAGAAUCGGCAGAUAUAUGCGAGGGAUUGAGUUUCGGCCGUGGCACAGCUUCAACAACAUCUUCCAGUUUAUGACCAUGCUGACCUGGAACAUUGACAAGGCCAAUGAGGAGAAUGCUGGACCGGAGUUUUUUGGCAUGGGUCGCCGGAUCCGCACUCUGGUCUACCACUUCCCGUGUAACAUGUCGCAGCCCAACGAUCCGGAGGGAAUCAAGCUCUUCGGCACCGGAGGUCAGCUGCUGCGGGUUUUGAAGGAGCUGCUCCUCCGGCUGACGGACCUUCACACACUCAAGCUGGUGGACUUCGUACUGGAACGCUUCGAGGCGAAUCACUUGCUGGACGAGGUCGUCUGCAGCUGCUGCACCAAGAUGAGGGUUCUCAAUCUGGUGAAUGUGACCACGACGCACUGUCCCAUCAUGCAUGUGGGUCUGUUCCUCAAUCUGCAGGUGCUCACCAUAUCGCCGCAGAACAUUGACGACGACGUUUUGUCCCUGCUGGCGGACACCAAAUUGCGGCACUUGCACUUACUGCAAAACUGCUAUACGCCAAACCACCUGACAAUAAGUGCCUGCGGCGUGAAGGCCUGGCGCAAUGUGAAGACAACCAAUCCGCGCCUGCGUGUCCAUUUGCGCGUGGAGAACCUGGCGGAUGGCGAGGUGGUGCUGCAGCCGGAGGCGCCUGUCCACAGCAUCACGUACUGCGCGCCGCAGGCACGGAUACGGGCCGAGCUGCUCGUCCGCAUGGUGGACCACUAUAGGAACACCCUGGCAGUGUACGGCCACGAGCUCUUGCCGCGCUUUUCCAGCCCCAAGCCAUUUCACAGCCGCAUCGACAGUCUGAUGUUGCUCUUGUGCCGGCAGUGCUUCAACAUGGACACUCUGAUCAUCCGUGAGAAAGUCUCAACCUCGACGCUCCUGCUUAUUGCCAAAACGGCCAAGAAUCUGCAGCAUCUCCAUGUCCGACGAUUUGCGGUGAUUUUGCGAUGCGACUGGCCAAGACAUCCGGAAUGGAGUGACGAGUUUAACACCUGGCUGAAGCGAAACUCCAGAUCCUACGAGGCUGUUGAGCGGGAGAUCUCACAGAUCUUGGGCUGCAAAUGGCAGCUGCUCAGCGAUCGUGACUUCAAACAGCUGACUGUGAAUGUUAAAUCAGGAGCCUAGAAUUCUCCAGUGUCCUCCCCCUAAGACUUGUGAUAAACGGUGUAGAGCUUUAAUAAAUAACCCAAACAUUA